AUGGGACAGCCUUCUGAAUAAUAGCCUUUUUAUAAGUUAGAGACAUAAAAUUCUUACAUUAAAAAUGGUUAAUCUUAAGAUUUUGGAGGAUGUGGAGGCCUUUAUAUUUAUCAAUCCAAGUCAAACAAAACAGAAUUGCAGAAGAUAAAUUUUUAGAAUAAUAAAGCAUAUUUAACUGGAAAUGAUUAUAGCUUUGAGAUAGAAGAAAUUCUUAUCCAUAAAAUAGAAGAAUUAAAUUUAGACUUAAAAAACCCUUAUGCAAUAAUUAAGACAGAUCAAUUUUUAUAUUAAGGUUUGACUUAUGUUGUCUCUCUUUCUUUUAAAAUAAAUAAUUAAAUCUUUUCUGAUUUUAACCAAGACUCUUCAUUUGAAAAUAUUUUAGUUUAAAUACGAGCAACUACUAAGUAUUAAAUGGGUGUAAACUAUAAGGAAUGGAAAGAGUUGAUGUUUAAAAAGGAGGUAAGCAUACAUUUAUAUGCAGAUAUUGCUAAUAAAGCAAAGCAAAUUAUGAUUAAGCAUAGUGCUAAUCCUGCUCGUUUCAUCAAUUUUAAGAAUGCUUUGCAAAUUAUUCUCUUUUGUAAGAUUCUUAUUGGAGAUUAAAUUAUACUGUAGACUCUGAUUAAAUAUAUAAAUGCUCACUUAAUCCUUCGAGCUGUGUUUCAGGAAGCGGAGUUGGGAAUUCUUUAUGCUAUUAAGGUCACGUCGGAGCAUAAUGCUUAAAUUGCGACAUUGAUGGAGUUUACUGGGGUGAAAAGUAUUCAGUUUAAGGAAACUUUUAAUGUUCAAAAUGCAACUCAACAAAAUCUAAUUUAAUAAAAUUGA